UAAUUGGUUGGGGGACACAACCUUAGGAUUUGAUGGACUCCAGGCUGGGGAUCUUCCUUCUAGUGUCUCCACCACCCACUAUCACCUGGGAGUGAACCUGAUCUUCGGGGCUCUGAGAGUCUGACCUGGGCGGGGUGGGGGUGACUUUGGCUGACCAAACAGAGACAGGCAGACCCAAACAGGCUGUGGCCAAAAACAUCCCAUGUUUCGGUCGUGGCCCUGAAACAUGAACUAGGACAUGGUUCCAGCCUAGAGGGUCAAGGAGGCACAGGACUAACAGGGAAGGACACAGGCUGCUGUCAGGACACACACCCAAGGCAAGAACACUGCUGACGUGGCAGCCCUCCGCCCCAGCCUCUUACUGCCCCCCGCCCCUCUCCCCCGCCUGCCAGCUGCCAACAGGGCUCUGCCCUGUGUCUGCUACACCUGUCACUGUCUGUCCUUGUCCAGGGGGAGCCCCAUCAGCCCCUCCUCAGCUGCCCAGCAGAGCAAGCUGUUAGUGGGGAGGGGAGGGAACAUGGAGCGGGGGCCGACGGUGGGGGCAGGGCGGGGGGCCGGGGCCCAGAUCUGGGCACUGCUGGGCUGCUUGGUCAGGGUGCUGCUCUGGGUGGCCUCUGCUCUGCUAUACUUUGGAAGCGAACAGGCUGCCCGCCUCCUGGGCAGCCCCUGCUUACGGCGCCUCUACCAUGCCUGGUUGGCAGCAGUGGUCAUCUUCGGGCCCCUUCUGCAGUUCCAUGUCAACCCUCGGACCAUCUUUGCCAGCCAUGGCAACUUCUUCAACAUAAAGUUUGUGAAUUCAGCAUGGGGCUGGACGUGCACCUUCCUGGGGGGCUUCGUGUUGCUGGUGGUGUUCCUGGCUACACGGCGCGUGGCAGUGACUGCCCGGCACCUGAGCCGCUUGGUGGUUGGGGCAGCUGUGUGGCGGGGUGCCGGCAGGGCCUUCCUGCUCAUCGAGGACCUGACGGGCUCCUGCUUCGAGCCUCUGCCCCAGGGCCUGCUGCUCCGCGAGCUGCCGGACCGCCGCAGCUGCCUGGCGGCCGGCCACCAGUGGCGGGGCUACACCGUCUCCUCCCACACCUUCCUGCUCACCUUCUGCUGCCUGCUCAUGGCCGAGGAAGCAGCAGUGUUCGCCAAGUACCUGGCCCACGGGCUGCCCGCUGGCGCACCCCUGCGCCUUGUCUUCCUGCUCAACGUGCUGCUGCUGGGCCUCUGGAACUUCUUGCUGCUCUGCACUGUCAUCUAUUUCCACCAAUAUACUCACAAGGUGGUGGGCGCCGCGGUGGGGACCUUUGCCUGGUACCUCACCUACGGCAGCUGGUAUCAUCAGCCCUGGUCUCCGGGGAUCCCGGGCCAUGGGCUCUUCCCUCACCCCCACUCCAGCCACAAGCAUAACUGAAAGAAAUAAAGGCACUUUAGGCCUGGC